AUGUCAUUCAGAAGUCUAGCUUCCAAGCAGCACAAACAACCAAACCAAACAGUCAGCAAAAUGAUGAAAUUCUUCGCCCUCGUCCUGUGCGCUCUGUUCGCCGCCGCUGCCGCCAAUCCCGGACUCGUGGCCUACAAUGCCGCCUACUCCGCCCCACUGGCCUACUCCUCUCCCCUGGCCUACACUGCUCCCGUGGCUUACUCCUCGCCUCUGGCCUACACCGCCGCGUACGCUCCCUAUGUGGCGCCCUAUGCCAGCAGCGUGAGCGCCCACACUGUGGCCCACAGCGCCGCCUUCCCGGCGGUCUAUGCCGCAGCUCCAGUUGCCGCUGUCCUGAAGAAGUAGGAUGCCGAACGCGUGCCACAGAUACAACAAAUAAAGAUGCAAUGCAACAGGCCCACGCGCUGACUG